GCGCGCGGAGGCUGUUUCCUCAACGCAUCAUGGUUCGGUUCGCUUUGACCAUCGUCCGGCAUGGAGAAACAAGAUACAACAAAGACAAGAUACUUCAAGGACAAGGUGUGGAUGAGCCCCUUUCUGCAACUGGUUUCAGACAAGCAGAUGCUGCUGGUGUAUUUCUCAGCAAUGUAAAGUUUACUCAUGUCUUCUCAAGUGACCUCCUUCGAGCGAAGCAGACUGCAUCCACAAUUAUAGGAAAGAAUAAGUUUUGCAAAGAUAUUGUAAUACAGUAUGAUGCAAGACUUCGAGAGAGGAAAUAUGGGAUUGCUGAAGGAAGACCAUUGAGUGACCUAAAGGCAAUGGCAAAGGCUGCUGGAGAGCAAUGUCCUUCGUUUACACCAUCUGGAGGAGAAACACUAGAUGAGGUAAGGGCACGUGCAAAGAAUUUCUUUGAAUUUCUGUGCCAACUUUCUAUUGAAGAAGAGUGUCAGAAAGAACAAGCUGUUCUGGGUAUGGCAGGCAAUGGCUUGGAAACAUUGGAAGGAAAACCAAUUUUCCCUUUGAGAAACCACUGCUGUGGACUUGAACUUAAUUCUGAUACUGACAAAGAUACAAAAAUGUUAAAUCCCAAUAUAUUGGUGGUGAGUCAUGGGGCAUACAUGAGAAACUGGUUUGGUUAUUUUGUUUUGGAUCUAAAGUGCACUUUACCAUCAGCUUUAAAAAAGUCUCAGUUAUCUUCUGUGAGCCCUAAUACUGGAGUGAGUCACUUCAUUAUAAACCUUGGAAAUGGAGAUGUGAUUAAACCUGAAAUCAGUUGUAUUUGUCUUAAUCGAGACGAUCAUUUAGCAGAUGUGAAUACUGAAAAUCUGUAGCUCAAACAAUUAAAAUGUUAGCAAUAUUAAAUGUAUUAUAUAGCAUUUUUAGUCUUAAGUUAUUUAACAUGAGAAAUAAUUUAUUUUAAAAAAUACCCUUAAUUAGCAAAUAAGUCUUGACUAAGUUCAUGUUAUAUUUGGAAAAUUGGUCUUAAUAGUUAGUUGGGUUGACUUGAAUUCAGUUAUUGGCACUAUACUGUAAGAUUCUGAAGAAUUGUAAUAAUCUGUUUUACAAUAAUUUACACAAUAUAGAUGACCUUAGUGCUUGAUAGUAAUUCAGUAUUGUAAAAACUAUACUAAAACAUAUUCUUUAUGAACAGGAACUUAAAGAUAUUACUAUUCAGGACUCCUGGAUAUCUGUUGCUGUAGUGUGUAUUUUUUACCAUUCUACCAAAAAUGUCAUGCAUAUCAUCAGCUGUUUUUCAAAAAGUAUUACAUGACAAAAAGUUUAGAAAUACUGUAACUAAGGAAGUUAAUUUUUUCUCCAACCUACUGUGCUGUAACUUUAUAUAUUUAAGUUGUUUUUUUAUAAAUGUAAAUGUGUUCCUAUUUUAAUGUAAUAGUAUAACCUAGUAGAGGGAGCAUUGUCUAGUGGGAAGACCAUGGAACCGCAGGUGUUUGGGGAAAGACCUGGCUCUGCCACUGACUAGCUGUGAGACCCUGGGCAAGUCUCUUAAUCUCGCCAUGCCUCAGUUUUCCCAUCUGCAAAAAUGGGGACGAUGAAACUUACCUCACAGGUGUGUUGUGAGGAUUCAGGUUAUUAAAACAUUUUUGAGAUCCUCUCCUGUAAAUCCUUGUACAAAUGCAGAGUGUUGAUUGUUUAAAACUGUUAGUAGGGUGUGGAGCGCUAACUUGCGCAUUUCCAAAAUAAUGACUUCUGUCCUGAAAAGGAAUUCUUGCACAUGGAACAUUGUGUCCAGCUAGAGUCCCAAUGAUUUAAAUGGGACUCUCAUGAGUGGUUACAUUUGCAGGGCCUAGGCUGCUGUAAGCACUCAACGAGUGCUUAUGGUUACUAGUAAUACUGUAUGUUCUUCCACCUUUGGGGUGUCUUUAGUAUUCGCAUGUAUGAGCGCACAUGUAAUGACCUCUAUAUAUGUUGUAGUAAAACUAUUCUCGCAAUUUGCAUAUCUUAAAAGAUUGUAAAUAA